AUGAUCGAUGUCUCAGUCCGCCUGCGCCGCGCCGUUCGUCUGAAUGACCUGUUGCUGGUGCAGCGCAUCGUCCGCAACAACCCCGACGUCCUGCGCAACCCGGACUUUGACGACCAGAGCAACACGUCGUUGCACCUGGCAGCCCGUGCUGGCUUCCUCGACAUUGUCGCCUUCCUCGUCGACGCCGGCCACGAGUCCGAGGGCAUUUCGCGCAACACCGACCAUGACACGCCGCUCAUCAUGGCCGCCAAAGCCGGCCGCGUCGACGUGGGCAUGCUGCUGAUCGCGCGCUUCCCCCGCGCCGUGCCCUACGUCAACCUCCGCGGCAUGGACGCCCUCAUGGCCUCCGCCCAAAACGGCACGCACAACCUGAUCCCGCUCCUAACCGGCGCCUCCUACCCAUGCAGUCCACACGCACGCGACACCAACGGCGACACAGCGCUGCACCACGCCGCGGCGGCGGGGGAGCUGAAAGCGGCGCGCGCGCUGCUGCUCGCGGGCGCGUCGCCCGCCGCGCAAAACGCGUUCGCGUGGACGCCGCUCGCGUACGCCCGCACCCACGCCGCAAAGCUGUAUCUAGAGGAGCUGGUGGGGGAGCUGGAGCGCCGGCGCGAGGACGCCGCGCGCGGGCGCAGAGAGGAUGCCGCGAGGUCGUCUUUGCGCGCGAAGGGCAGUAGUGUGCGGUUGGUGACGGCGGUGGAUGAGGGGGUUGUCGCGGGCGUGAGUCCGGGGCUGGGGCUGGGGUUGGUGGGUGCGGGUAGCGGAAAUGGGAAUGGGAAUGCUGCUGGUGGUGGUGGUAGUGGCGGUGGCGCCAUGCUGCGCGGCAUCAAGGAGGAGGAGGACGGGAUCGUGGAGGCGGGGAUGCCGCUGCCGCCGCUAAGACCGCCGCCGUUGAUGGUGCGCAGCGCCGGCGGCGUGAAUGGCGGGAGCGGCGGCAGCGACUGGAGCCCUGUUGAGAGCAGGCGGCCCAUGACGCCGCGCGGCAUGUCGACCGAGCAGCGCCAUAGUCGCGAGUGGGGGUAUGGCGCGUAUGGCCGCGCGAGGGCGCAUAGUGGCGACUAG